AUGUCCAAACGUCAGUACUCUGAUCGGUCAUCUUCGCCUGCAAAUACUGCAAGAAAGGUUGUUUGCCCACAUAUCGAAAGAUAUUCUAAGCAUGGUUCGCCGGUAGCAAAGAUUGAAUCUUCCGCUUUCAAGAGACAGCUUUCUAGUUCUACACUUUCUUGUGACUGGUGUGAGACUAGAAUUCCAAGAAGUCGAUGUCGCACCGUUGUUUGUAGUAGUAGUUCCAGGUCUCAUAUGCGUGAACAUUUUGAUAUCACAUAUAAGGAAAGUAAACCUGAGGCUAGUCAUGCCGUAUAUAUCAAUCCACGUACUUUAACUAUAUGGUGUUAUUGCUGUGGGAUUGAAGUAAAUCCUUUUAAUAAGGAUCAAGAAUUAUCUCAAGAAACGCGAAAUUAUUUAAAAACUGUUGUGAGAUCUCUGCAGGUCAAACGAAAUAAAUCACAACAAUCAAAUGAUCAAUUGCCAAUUGACGUUCCUGGUCUGGUUGGAUUAAAAAAUUUGGGAAAUGAGAGA